AUGUCUUCGACUUUUGGAAUCAAGAAUCGAUACGAAGAAGCACAUGUUUCUCCAAAUGGACCUGGCGAUGCACGACCAACUGCAUACCAAAUUUUGAAAGACAACAACGUUAUUGGGAAGUUCCCCGACAAGACUUUCCUCAUUACCGGCGGCAGCGAUGGUCUUGGAAAAGAGACAGUGCGGCAACUCGCCAAGACUGGAGCGAAAGUGUGGUUCACUGCGAGAAACGAGGAGAAGGCGAAGAAAGUGCUGCAGGAGCUUGCAGAGGAGGGCAAGAAAGAUGCAGAAUUGAAGAAUGCGAAGAUUGACUUUGUGUUGCUCGACAAUUCGAGCUUGAAGAGCGUCAAGGCUGGUGCGGAGGAUUUCUUGAAGAAGAGCGAUCAGUUGAAUGUGCUGAUUACCAAUGCUGGCAUCGCCAACAUCCCCUACAGCCUCACCGAAGACGGCUUCGAAAGGACCUUCGCCACCAACCACCUCGCCCACUUCUACCUCUUCUCCCUGCUCAAGCCCCUCCUCCUGAAAUCCUCCACACCCACCUUCCAAUCCCGCGUCGUCACCGUCGCCAGCACCGCCCACAACUUCUCAACCGUACAAGUCGGCAACUACGAUCUCAAAGAGCCCCUCAAGGGCGUUGUCGACCCCCUCACCGCCCUCGAGAAGAACGACACCGACGUCGGCCACUACAACCCCAUCGUCGCCUACGGCCAGAGCAAAACAGCAAACAUCUGGAUGGCCAACGAAAUCACCCGCCGCUUCGGCUCGCAAGGCCUGCAAGGCCUCUCCGUCCACCCCGGCAACAUCCUGACGGCCGGCUGGAGCGGCAUGGACAAGCGAGUCGAGGACCUCUUCGGGCCCCUCGUGCAGCAGGAGGUCUUCCAGAAAGUCUUCAAAUCCGUCGAACAGGGCGCCGCGACGCAGGUUCUGGCGGCGAUAAGCCCGGAAUUCGAGGGCAAGGGCGGGAUUUAUCUUGAUGAUGCGGGCGUGGCGAAGAAGAUUGAUGAUGAUGCGCAGAGUGGCGUGGCCGGGUAUAAGAGCUGGGCGUAUGAUGUUGAGGGGGCGAAGACGCUUUGGGUGGAUUCGGCGAAGAUGGUGGGCGUGCAGGAGUGA